UCUCUCUCUCUCUCUCUCUCUCUCAUCCGAAAUGAUGCCUCUGCGCACUGGACGUUUCACCUCGAGUUAAAUCUCUCAUGGGAGACGACGUGCGAGUGAUAAGUCUAACGCACCCUGCACUUCUUACUCCAUCUGCCCAGAAAAAAGACAGCUAGAAAGAAAGAGAGAGAGAGAGAUUUCUACAGCGUUACUGAAACAGCGGAUCUGCCUUCACAAUGACUUACAGGGGCUAAACCAGCUCAAUCCCAUUUGAUGUGGAGAAACAAGAAGAGCUCAUGAUGGAAGUGAAGGAACGUAGACCGUACCGCUCUCUGACGGCACGGCGGGACACAGAGCACCGCUACACCAGCUCUUCAGCCGACAGUGAGGAUGGCAAGCUCAAGCCCAAGUCAUACAGCUCCAGCGAAACCCUCAAAGCCUUUGAGCAGGACUCCCGAGUGGCCUACGGCACACGUGUCAAAGAUGUAGUGCAUCAUGAAGUGGACGAGUUCAGCAGGCAAGGAGCAGAUUUUUCUCUGCGAGAUCUGGGCUUUGGUGAGCCUGUGGCUCCUCGCAUGGUGGCAUACCGCUCAGACAUGGCAAUGCCACACCGUGACUACUCACUCAGCGUAGGCUCAGACGCAGACACCGAGACAGACGGGAUUGUGUCCCCAGAGCAUGCCAUCCGCCUGUGGGGACGAGGAAACAUGAAGUCAGGCCGCAGCUCAUGUCUGUCCAGCAGAGCCAACUCCAACCUGACUCUGACGGACACGGAGCACGAAAACACGGAGAAUGGUCCUCCUCUGCAUUGCUCCUCUGGCUCCUCCUCCCCCGUUGCCUCCCCCUACCCACCCCUUGCCCACGCAGCCAGUGAGAGCCAGGGAAGGUUGCUAGGUAACAGCGGGCCUCGGGCCGACCCCGACUCUGAGUCGGAGGAUGAGUUUGGCCCUGCUUCUUCGUUCUUAGUUAAGACCGGCUCAGGGAACGUGAGCGUGUGUGCCCCUGGCUCUGCAGCCGCCGACGAGGGCUCUUACCCGAAUCAUUCGCGCCUGAGGACACCUCCACUCCCCCUCGCCCAUUCGCACUCUCCCAGUCAGCACCAUGGAACAUCUGUGGGCUCGCUGAGCCGGAGUAACUACACCCCGCGCAGUAACGUCAGUCCAGCGCCCACCGACAGCACAGCGGCACCCGAGGGACCCUCCAGCGCCCCAGACUCUGGAAGUGCGCAGGACAAUUGGCUCCUCAACAGCAACAUCCCCCUGGAGACCAGGAACCAGAAUACUCUAAUGUUUAUCAGAGAGGAGCAGGACUCUUGCAGAGAAGGGCAAGGGUCAUACAAUACAAGAAACAUAGCAAAGCAGACAAACCUAGAGAGUUUACAGGACAACCUUAUAGAGAUGGACAUACUGGCUACGGCUCGCCGCGACAAUGCUUACAGUGACGGACACUUUCUGUUCAAGCCUGGUGGGAGCUCACCGCUGUACUGCACAACAUCGCCUGCAUACCCUCUGACCUCCAGCACGGUGUACUCUCCCCCGCCGCGACCCUUGCCUCGCAGCACAUUCACCCGACCCGUCUUCAGCCUCAAGAAGCCCUAUAAGCAUUGCAACUGGAAAUGUGCCGCCCUCAGUGCCAUCCUCAUCUCCAUCACACUGGUGUUCCUGCUGGCGUACUUCAUCGCCAUGCACCUGUUUGGUUUGAAUUGGCACUUACAGCCCAUGCAAGGGCAGCUAUAUCGUCUGACAGAAGAUAACACCAGCAGCCUGUCCAUACCUACAGACCUGGGCCUGCCUCCCCUCGGCAAUACAGGGCUGGAGCUCCCAGACCGUAGGGGUAGAGAAGACGGCAAAAUGGAUGGCUUGUUCCCAGAUGACAGCUUCAUAGACAUGGGCGAGAUAGACGUGGGGCGUAAGGUCACACAGCAGAUACCGCCCGGGAUCUUCUGGAGGUCUCAGGUCUUCAUCGACCACCCCAUGUACCUCAAGUUCAACGUGUCCCUUAGUAAAGAUGCCUUGGUAGGGAUCUAUGGAAGAAGAGGCCUUCCUCCUUCACACACACAGUUCGACUUUGUGGAGCUUUUGGAUGGACGGCGGCUCCUGGCUCAGGGGGUUCAAAGCCUGGACGGACCGCUGGCUCUGACUCAGUCACGAAGCCUGGUGCCCCUUGGCAGCCAUGACACCGGUUUCAUCCAGUACAUGGACUCAGGCAUCUGGCACCUGGCAGUGUAUAAUGAUGGCAAGGAGGUGGAACAGGUGUCUUUCCUUACCACGGCUAUAGACUCGAUAGAUGACUGUCCCAGUAACUGUUUUGGUAAUGGAGACUGCCUUGCUGGAACUUGCCACUGUUUUUUGGGCUUCAGAGGACCAGACUGCAGCAGAGCAUCUUGUCCAGUUCUUUGCAGUGGAAACGGUCAAUACCUGAAAGGCCGCUGUAUGUGCCACAGUGGGUGGAAAGGGCCGGAGUGUGAUGUUCCCACCAACCAGUGCAUCGACGUGACCUGCAGCGGACAUGGGACAUGCAUAGUGGGGACCUGCAUUUGCAAUCCAGGAUACAAAGGAGAGAACUGUGAGGAAGUGGACUGUAUGGACCCUACAUGCUCAGGUCGUGGUGUGUGUGUGCGCGGCGAGUGCCACUGCUUUGUGGGUUGGGGAGGCUCUGGGUGUGAGAGCCCACGGGCAUCCUGCAUGGACCAGUGCUCGGGUCACGGAGCUUUCCUGGCAGAGACGGGCACCUGUAACUGUGACCCCAACUGGACCGGGCACGACUGCUCGACAGAGCUUUGUGCGUUGGACUGUGGCGGCCAUGGCAUCUGCGUAGCAGGCGGCUGCCGUUGUGAGGAUGGUUGGAUGGGUGCCACGUGCGAUCAGAGGGCAUGCCACCCGCGCUGCAGCGAACAUGGCACCUGCAAGGACGGCAAGUGUGAAUGCAGCCCAGGCUGGAACGGAGAACACUGCACUAUCGAGGGUUGCCCGGGACUUUGUAACGGCAACGGCAGGUGCACGCUGGGUAAUAACGGCUGGUAUUGCGUGUGCCAGCUGGGCUGGAGAGGAACAGGCUGCGACACCUCCAUGGAGACAUCCUGCAGUGACGCCAAAGACAAUGACGGAGACGGCCUUCUAGACUGCAUGGACCCGGACUGUUGUGUGCAAACAUCGUGCCACAUCACGUCUCUGUGUGUGGGUUCUCCGGAUCCAUUGGACAUCAUCCAGGAGACACAGAUGUCUUCUGGUCCAAGUAACCUGCACUCUUUCUACCAGCGUGUGCGUUUCCUGGUGGGCCGAGACAGCACGCAUGUCGUCCCUGGGCCCAACCCCUUUGAGGCUAGUCACGCCUGCGUCAUCCGAGGGCAAGUGGUGACGUCCGAUGGAACUCCACUGGUGGGAGUGAACAUCAGCUUCAUCAACAAUCCUGCCUACGGGUACACCAUCACCAGGCAGGAUGGCAGUUUUGACCUGCUCUCCAGCGGGGGCGUGGCCGUAGCACUGCGCUUCGAGCGUGCACCAUUCAUCAUGCAGGAGCACACGCUGUGGUUGCCGUGGUCACGCUUCUUUGUCAUGGACACCGUGGUCAUGCGGCAUGAAGUGAACGACAUCCCCAGCUGUGACCUCAGCAGUUUCACACGCCCGAGUCCCAUAGUACUGCCUGCUCCUCUCACUGCCUUCGCCUUGGCCUGUCAGGACAGAGGCAUUGUAGUGCCUGAGAUCCAGGCUCUUCAAGAGGAAGUACGUAUUCCUGGGACAGAUUUGCGCCUGGGAUACCUGAGCAGCCGAACAGCAGGUUAUAAGUCAGUACUGAGGGUCACACUGACCCACGCGGUCAUCCCUUUCAGCCUGAUGAAGGUGCAUCUCAUGUUGGCUGUGGAGGGCCGCCUUUUCAGGAAGUGGUUCUCAGCAGCACCCAGCCUCUCGUAUGAUUUUGUUUGGGACAAGACUGAUGUCUACAGUCAGAAGGUGUACGGCCUGUCCGAGGCUUUUGUGUCUGUGGGCUUUGAGUAUGAGUCGUGUCCUGAUAUGAUCCUGUGGGAGAAGAGGACAGCAAUCUUACAGGGUUACGAAAGCACAGCAUCCAACCUGGGAGGCUGGAGCAUAGACAAACACCAUGCGCUCAACAUUCAGAGCGGCAUCCUGCACAAAGGCAAUGGGGAGAAUGUGUUCAUUUCCCAGCAGCCCCCAGUCAUCGGGAGCAUCAUGGGGAACGGGCGGCGGCGUAGCAUCUCCUGUCCAAGCUGUAAUGGUCUGGCUGAUGGGAAUAAGCUUCUAGCACCAGUAGCUUUGGCCUGUGGCUCAGACGGCAGCUUAUUUGUGGGUGACUUCAACUAUGUCCGUCGCAUCUUCACCACUGGGAAUGUCACCAGUGUUCUGGAGCUUAGUAACAGUCCAGCCCACAAGUACUACCUGGCCACGAGUCCGGUGUCAGGAGCUCUGUACCUGUCAGACACCAGCAGUAGGAAGGUGUUCAAGGUGAAGUCUCUAAACAUGGUGAAGGAUGUGGCUAAGAACCUGGAGCUGGUGGCGGGGACAGGGGACCAAUGUCUUCCCUACGAUGAGACACGCUGUGGGGACGGAGGCAAGGCUGUAGAGGCGACUCUAACUAACCCCAGAGGCAUUACCGUGGACAAAUAUGGCACCAUCUUCUUCGUCGAUGGCACCAUGAUCCGUCGAAUCGAUCAGAACGGAAUCAUCUCCACGCUGCUAGGCUUCAACGACCUGACCUCGGCACGUCCCUUGAGCUGUGACUCAGUGAUGGACAUCUCACAGGUACGUUUGGAAUGGCCCACUGACCUAGCUGUGAGUCCAAUGGACAAUUCACUCUAUGUGUUGGAUAAUAACGUGGUGCUGCAGAUCUCAGAGAACCACCAGGUCAGGAUCGUAGCCGGUCGGCCCAUGCACUGCCAGGUGCCCGGCCUUGACCACUUCCUGGUGAGCAAAGUCGCCGUCCAUGCCACUCUGGAAUCCGCUAACGCGUUGGCCGUGUCCCACAAUGGCAUCCUGUACAUCUCAGAAUCUGAUGACAAGAAGAUAAAUCGAGUGAGACAAGUUUCCACCAAUGGAGAGAUCUCUCUGGUCGCUGGUGCCCCAAGUGGCUGCGAUUGUAAGAAUGACCCCAACUGUGACUGUUAUUCAGGAGAUGAUGGCUAUGCCAAACAUGCAAAGCUCAACUCACCAUCAUCGCUGGCAGUUUCGCCUGAUGGAGAGCUCUUCAUCGCUGAUCUGGGCAAUAUCCGGAUACGUUAUGUACGGCAGAACAAACCUUACCUCAAUCCUCUUAACAUGUAUGAGGUGUCAUCACCCAUGGAUGAUGAACUCUACUUGUUUGACACCAAUGGCAGUCACAUUUUCACCCAGAGCCUAACCACAGGUGACUACCUGUAUAACCUGACUUAUUCAGGAGCAGGGGACCUGAGUACCAUCACAGACAAGAACAAGAACAAGGUAACCAUUCACAGGGACACUACAGGACUGCCUCUCUGGCUCAUGACCCCAGACACCCAAACAUUUUGGUUCACCAUUGGGACUAAUAAUGCCCUCAAGAGUGUCGGUGCCCAGGGCCAAGAGAUAGCCAUGAUGACCUACCAUGGGAACUCAGGACUACUGGCCACGAAGAGCAAUGAAGAUGGGUGGACAACUUUCUAUGAGUAUGACAGUUACGGGCGGCUGACGAAUGUGACCUACCCUACAGGCAGGGUGAGCAGCUACCGCACUGAUUCUGACGGUGCUGUGCGGGUGCAGGCUGAAGGUUCCAGCAAAGAGGACAUCAUCGUCACAACCAACCUCUCAGCCUCUGGAACCUUUUACACACUCAUGCAAGAUCAAGUCAAGAACAGUUACUACAUUGGGCUGGAUGGCUCACUACGGCUGGUUUUGGCUAACGGCAUGGAAGUGUCACUGAACACAGAACGACACCUGCUCUCAGGUACUGUGAACCCAACAGUCAGCAGGAGGAACGUCACCCUUCCCAUAGAUAACGGCCUCAACUUAGUGGAGUGGAGACAGCGGAAAGAGCAAGCACGGGGACAAGUCACAGUUUAUGGACGCAGGCUGAGGGUUCAUAACAGAAAUCUGUUGUCCAUGGAUUUUGAUCGUAUCACCCGAACAGAGAAAGUGUAUGAUGACCACAGGAAAUUUACCCUGAGAAUCCACUACGACCAUGCGGGCAGACCUACCCUGUGGGCACCAAGCAACCGGCUGAACGGGGUCAACGUUACCUACUCCCCUGGCGGGCAUGUGGCUGGCGUUCAAAGAGGCACCAUGUCUAUCCGAAUGGAAUAUGACCAAAAUGGAAGAAUCGCGUCACAGAUAUUUGCAGAUGGCAAGUCAUGGAGCUAUACUUACCUUGAGAAGUCCAUGGUGCUAUUGCUGUACAGCCAACGACAGUACAUCUUCGAGUUUGACAAAAAUGAUCGUCUCUCAUCUGUCACUAUGCCCAACGUGGCCCGGCAUACACUAGAGACCACCCGCUCUAUUGGUUACUAUAGAAACACAUACAUGCCCCCUGAGGGCAAUGCCACUGUGCUGCAUGAUUACAGUGAAGAUGGUCUGCUUUUGCAAACCAUUCACCAAGGCACAGGACGUAGAGUCAUCUAUAAAUAUGGCAAGCUCUCCCGUCUGCUUGAGAUUUUGUAUGAUACUACACGUGUUGCCUUCUCAUAUGAUGAUGCAGCAGGCAUGCUGAAGACAGUGAGCCUACAAAGCGAGGGAUUUACCUGCACCAUCCGUAACCGGCAGAUUGGCCCAUUGAUCGACAGACAGAUCUUUCGUUUCAGUGAGGAAGGUAUGGUCAAUGCCCGAUUUGACUACAACUAUGACAACAGCUUCCGUGUCACAAGUAUGCAGGCUGUCAUCAAUGAAACACCACUGCCUAUUGAUCUGUACCGCUAUGAUGAUGUAUCUGGUAAAACAGAGCAGUUUGGCAAGUUUGGGGUCAUAUAUUAUGACAUCAAUCAGAUUAUUACCACCGCUGUAAUGACCCACACAAAGCAUUUUGAUGCCUAUGGACGUGUCAAGGAGGUGCAAUAUGAGAUCUUCCGUUCACUGAUGUACUGGAUGAUGGUGCAGUACGAUAACAUGGGGCGUGUGGUAGCCAAGGAGCUAAAAGUAGGCCCUUAUGCCAACACUACACGGUACACAUAUGAAUAUGAUGCUGAUGGCCAGAUCCAGGUGGUGUCCAUAAAUGACAAGCCUUUGUGGCGCUACAGUUAUGACCUGAAUGGCAACCUGCACCUUCUGAGCCCAGGAAACAGUGCUCGCCUUACACCGCUACGCUAUGACAUAAGGGAUCGAAUCACACGGUUGGGAGAUGUCCAAUACAGGUUGGAUGAAGAUGGGUUUCUAAAGCAAAGAGGCAAUGACUUCUUUGAAUACAACUCUGCUGGCUUGCUAAUAAGAGCUUACAGCAAGGUUGGUGGAUGGAGCAUAAAGUAUCGUUAUGAUGGUCUGGGCCGCAGAGUGUCUAGCAGGAGCAGUCAAGGACACCACCUACAGUUCUUCUAUGCUGAUCUGUCCAGCCCCACCAGAGUCACCCACAUGUAUAAUCACUCCAGCUCAGAGAUCACGUCACUCUACUAUGAUCUGCAAGGCCACCUCUUUGCCAUGGAGCUAAGCAGCGGUGAUGAGUUUUAUGUGGCCUGUGACAACAUUGGCACACCACUAGCUGUAUUCAGCGGCUCAGGCCUUAUGAUUAAGCAGAUCCUCUAUACGGCCUUUGGAGAGGUCUACCUUGACUCAAACCCCAGCUUUCAGCUCAUAGUAGGAUAUCAGGGUGGCCUGUAUGAACCCCUCACAAAGCUGGUGCACAUGGGCCGCCGGGAUUACGAUGUCCUAGCCGGUCGCUGGACCACACCUGACCAUGAUAUCUGGAAGCAACUGAACAGCAACAGCAUAGUGCCCUUCAAUCUCUACAUGUUCAAGAACAACAACCCCCUGAGCAACACACAAGAGACUAAGUGCUACAUGACAGAUGUGAAUAGCUGGUUAGUGACUUUCGGCUUCCAGCUGUACAAUGUCAUCCCGGGCUAUCACAAACCAGUCACUGAUGCCAUGGAACCUUCAUACGAGCUCAUUCACACCCAGAUGAAGACACAGGAGUGGGAUAGCACUAAGUCUGUACUCGGAGUGCAAUGCGAAGUCCAGAGACAACUAAAGUCCUUUGUCAAGUUGGAACGUUUCGACCAGAUCUACAGAGCAAGUGGUGCUGGUUGCCCACAGUCCCCUUUCAGCACAUUCUUUGCCUCAGGGGCUUCGAUCUUCGGCAAGGGCGUGAAGCUAGCCAUCCGAGAGGGUCAAGUGAGUGCCGACAUCAUCAGCCUGGCUAGUGAGGAUGGUAGGCGGCUAGCUGCUAUUCUGGACCAGGCCGUCUACCUUCAAGAUAUUCAUUUCACAGUUGAUGGCAUGGACAUGCACUAUUUUGUGAAAGCUUCUUCAGCAGAGGGUGACUUGGCGCUGCUGGGUAUGACAGUGGGACGGCGAAUGCUGGAGACAGGUACUAAUGUGACAGUGCAGCAGGUGAACACCGUACUGGGUGGCCGAGCUCGGCGUAUUACUGACGUACAGUUGCAGCACGGUGCACUGAGCCUGAAUGUGCGCUACGGAAGCAGUCUGGAUGAAGAAAAGGCUCGGGUGCUGGAGAUGAUGCGCCAGAGAGUUGUGGCAGCUGCCUGGCACCGUGAGAGACACCGACUGCGCCAGGGAGAGGACGGUUCACGCGCCUGGACGGAUAUUGAACGACAGCAGCUGUUCAGCUCGGGCCGUGUGCAAGGCUAUGACGGCUACUACGUGGUGCCCGUGGACCAGUUCCCUGAGCUGGCCGACAGCAUCAGCAACAUUCACUUCCUGCGCCAGAGCGAGAUGGGCCGCAGGUGACACGAACACAAGGGCAGCCCCGCUCAGGCUCAGCGUCCAGGACUUCUUGCCAAAGACAUGUUGCUUGUGUGACCACUUUGUUAAAUCUUUUUUUCUAUUUUGGUUUGUUUGUUUUUUUUGUUUGUUUAUUUUUUAGACUGCCUUACUAAAGACGAGGUUGCAGGCAGUUGCACUGCACUGACAUUCAAGUGCUUUUCUUUUCUUUUUCUUUUUUUGAAUUGCGUAACAGUUAUUGGCUGCCAAAUGAGGCUGCUAGAGGAAUGACAUAUGGUGACAUUGCUUAUUUAGUUCUGACUCCUUUUCUACAGAUCAGCUCAAAGGGAUCCUGGAAGAUGGCUGGUAAUCCAUUUUGAUAACUGGCAAGUGAGCAGAUUGGCAUUCAGCUUCACUCCACCCUGCCUUUUCUCACCCCACAGCCAAGGAGAGCCUUUUUAAAAAUCACUUCUUUUUAUACUUGAAAGCCUGCCACACUUAAUCAAGGACUUCGGUGUCUGUUGUUCAGGCGCCUGACCCCCUCCCGUUAUCAUUAUGGACUCUUGAAUUGGUGUCAUGUGCCAUUUCAAGACUGCUUGACUGCCUAGUAUUUCUUAAAUAUCUUAAUUUGACCAAGGGUUAAUAAAAAAAGAAAAGUAAAUGAUAGAGGGCAUGCUCACAGUCUGAACACAAUGUGAAACGUCUUCUUGAAUGAGAUUUAUUCAAAAAGGGAAAAAGUGGCAAAAUAGAAAAUAGCUCCCAGUGUCUUUAAAGAUGGUUUUAAAAAUAUAUAAAAGUCAUUGUUGGAAAAUAUAAUUAAACUUCUGUAUGAAAAUGAAUAUUUUACUAAAAUACAUAAAAUUACCUAAAAUCUAUUUCAUAACUAAAUGUAUGAAAAAAGAACAGUAUAUCUAAUGUGAAUACAUUACCAAAAUGUGAACUGUUGUCCCUUUUAAUUGCAAAUUGUUGUACUUGAACAAUGCCUAGUGUUCCA